GGUCCCGCAGGCCGUGUGUCCUGCCGGCUUUGAGCCUGCGAUUUCAGGUGCAGGAGGUCCUCUUUGGAACAGGGGCUUUGUCCCCCGCUCCCUCUCCAUCAGCUUCCUCCCCACCUCCUCGCUGCAUCGGGGAGCAGCAGAAAGAGCGUGGUCGGGCUUGUGUUCCCCAGGAUUUCCCUUUGAAUCCCACUCCCAGAGGGGCCGGGACACCGCCUCGCAUCGAUAAUGGCUGUCCUGAGAUGUUUGUCUUUGAAACGGACCUGUUUCCUUUGUGUCUAGCACGAAACAAACUCAAGAGGAUGAAGCCCAAUAAAGGAAAGACUUUAACUAGAGAGAGAGACUAUGUGUACAAAUUCAGUGCUGGAAAUGAACAUUUGGUGCUUACAGUGCCUCUCAAAUUCCCUGUGCAAGAGAAUAUCAGUCAUUUACAUGGACGUCUGAUGGUUCUGCACAACCUGCCAUGCUUUAUAGAAAAUGACCUGAAGGAAUCUCUCAGUAAAUUUGUAGAAGAGGAAACUAUAAAAGAUUAUGACAGAGAAGCUGAAGUGGCUCUGGAAGCAGUGAAAUCGGGAAAAGUAGACAUCAAUCAGCUGGCAGAAACUUGGGCUAAAGCUUAUAAAGAGACAACGUUAGAACAUGCCAAGCCUGAAGAAACCAGCUGGGAUGAAGAUUUUGCAGAUGUCUAUCAUGAUCUGAUCCAUUCUCCAGCUUCUGAAAUGCUGUUAAACCUGGAACACAAUUAUUUUGUUAGCAUCUCAGAAUUAAUAAGUGAAAGGGACGUGGAACUGAAAAAACUACGUGAAAGGCAAGGAGCUGAAAUGGAUAAGGUGAUGCAGGAGCUUGGGAAGUCACUGACUGACCAGGAUGUGAAUUCCUUAGCAGCUCAGCAUUUUGAGUCCCAGCAGGAUUUGGAGAACAAAUGGACCAAUGAAUUAAAACAGACUACUGCUAUCCAGAAGCAGGAAUAUCAGGAGUGGGUGAUAAAGCUUCAUCAGGACCUAAAGAAUCCCAACAACAGCUCAGUCAGUGAUGAAAUUAAAGUUCAGCCCAGCCAGCUGAGGGAAUCUGUGGAAGGAAAUGGAAGAAUCUAUGAAGAACAAAGGCUAUUAGAAGAAAGCUUUACUAUUCACUUAGGAGCUCAGCUGAAGACCAUGCACAACCUGAGGCUGCUGAGAGCUGAUAUGUUGGAUUUCUGCAAACACAAGCGCAAUCACCGCAGUGGGGUGAAGCUGCAUAGGCUUCAGACUGCAAUGUCCCUCUACUCAACUUCACUCUGUGGCCUGGUGUUACUGGUGGAUAACAGGAUCAGCUCAUACAGCGGAAUCAAAAGAGAUUUCGCAACCGUUUGCCAAGAAUGCACGGAUUUCCAUUUUCCUGGAAUCCAAGAACAACUUGAAAUUGUCCAGAAGGUUGUACUUAAGGCCAGAGCACAGCGUAGCAGCAAGACAAAAAGACACCAUGAAAACAAAAUCAGUGGGAACGAAGAUAAAUUAAAGAAUAUCGAACGAAACCAGUCAAACAUUUUGCCAGGAGAGUUCUACAUCACACGGCACUCAAACCUCUCAGAAAUCCACGUUGCCUUUCACCUGUGCGUGGAUGACAACGUCAGGUCUGUGAACGUGACCGCUCGGGACCCGGCCAUCAUGGGGCUCAGGAACAUCCUCAAGGUCUGCUGCACACACGACAUCACCACCAUCAGCAUUCCCCUCCUGCUGGUGCAUGAAAUGUCAGAAGAGAUGACCAUUCCAUGGUGCCUGAAGAGGGCAGAGCUCGUGUUCAAGUGUGUCAAAGGUUUCAUGAUGGAAAUGGCCUCGUGGGAUGGAGGAAUUUCUCGGACUGUACAAUUCCUGGUACCACAGACAAUUUCUGAGGAGAUGUUUUACCAGCUGAGUAACAUGCUGCCACAGAUCUUCAGAGUAUCCUCCACACUGACUCUGACCUCCAAGCACUGAUUUCUGUGGGGCACUAACCUGUAUUCUGUUGGCAGAGGAUGAGAUUAAGGAGAUUCUGGACUACAAUGUCUCUUUCCUGUGGACUGAUGACCCCAAAGUGGCAUUUGUUUCAAUUUCAAGAAUUGUGUUGUAAUAAAAGAUAAAUGUUGUCUGUA